UUUUAAUUUUAACAAGUUGUUAGUGAUUGUAAUUUCAAGAUUAUUUUCGAUUAAGAACAUAAUGUUUAUGUCAAGUCUUGUUUUUAGAAAUACUCUUCAAUUAAAAUAUGCUUCUACCGGAACUUCAGUGUUUAAAAAUUUAUUAGAAAAAUGUGUUAUAAGAAGACCACAUUCACAAGUAAUUCAACAAAAUUCAAGAUCAUUUUUUACUUCAAGUCAGAGACAAAUAAAAUUCACGAGAUGGAAAAAAGCGUCUAAAGUUGAAGAAAAAUGUCAAAAGGCGGAAAUGGAUUAUUCAAAUAAAAUUCUAAAUAAUGUUCUCAUAUUUAAUUUUGAACGACCAGUGGCCUAUACGGUUGUAAUAUCAUUUGCUUUCAUUCAAUUGUUUGGUAUGUAUUCGAUGGUAACCAAUAUAUAUGACACAUAUUGUCAGGAUUUAUUUGAUAAAGCCAAAAGUUGGAAAGAAAAAAUCAAUGAACAUCCCAUUAGUCUUCUCACCAUUGCUAUUGGUUGUAUUUUUGGUCCAAUGAUUUUUGUACUAAUUGUGUUUUUCGCUGGGAGAACAAUAAGACGCAUUAUUUUACACAAGGGAGGUAAAGAGGUGACAUUCGUUACUUACCAUUUAAAUCCUAGACGACAAGUAUUCACCGAAUCACUCGAAAAUAUGAGUUGUAAAGCUUCAAGAAAAUACAGAAAUACUCUACCAUUGAAUAUUAAAGGAAAACGUUUUUAUUAUUUCAUCGACACCGAUGGUGAGAUUUUAAAUGAAAAUCUUUUUGAUUUCACAGUCGGCGUAAAGAGAGAACUGGAUAAAGAUUAAAAGUUAGAAUUGUUACAAACUUUUACACAAAGAUCGUUCAUUUUUGUAUUUAAAAAAAGAAGAAAUUAUAUUGUAGACGCAACUUUCUACUAUAAAAUAAAA